UGACCUCCUCAUUAUUCCCUUCGCACAGUUCAUUGAAAAGCGACAUUGUUUCUUUAAGAUGGCACUUGCAGUCGUCGUGGGGCCUGUUCAUUGUUGGGGGAACAGAAAGCGAGUUGAGAUUGAUAUACGGGGGCCGAAAUCCAGUUGCGCAUAUCAUCAGCCGAGCAGCAGCUGUGGGGAGACCAGUGGCCGCAGCGACGUCCUGACGCAUUGGGUACAGACAUGGGCUGCUAUGACUGUUGCAUGCGCUGUCUGGGAGGAGUACCAUACUGCUCUCUGGUUGCUACUCUGCUGUGCUUCUCUGGCAUCGCGUUGUUCUGUGGCUGCGGACACCAGGCCCUCACGGAGACAGAGAGACUCAUCGAGACCUACUUUGCCCGAAAUAUUCAGGACUACAUAACACUCGCAUACAUCAUUCAGUAUUUCCAGUAUGUCAUCUACGGUUUGGCUUCCUUCUUCUUCCUCUAUUGCAUUGUGCUGCUGGCCGAGGGCUUCUACACCACCAGUGCAGCCAGGCAAACCUUUGGAGAGUUUCGGAGCACCAUGUGUGGCCGCUGCCUGAGCUCCACGUUCAUAGUGAUGACGUAUGUGCUUGCUGUGCUGUGGCUGCUGGUGUUUGCCUUCUCUGCAUUGCCUGUGUAUUUCUUUUACAACAUGGAUGCCACUUGCCACACCAUAGAUGUCCUAACAGAAACUCCUGCCAGUAUCAACCAGCUCUGUGUUGAUGCCAGACAGUAUGGAUUGCUGCCGUGGAAUGCAGUACCUGGAAAAGCAUGUGGCAUGACCUUAUCUUCUAUUUGCAAGACCAGAGAGUACCGAAUCACCUAUGACCUCUACAUUGCGGCAUUCGCUGGUGCUGGAAUCACACUCUUAGCUCUGACCAUGAAUAUGCAGCUGUGUGCUGACCUCUGCACUGUUCUCACGGGCCAGAGAAAAGCCUCAACAAAGGAGUCAGUGCAGCUUUAAAGUGGGGCAUGGAGGGGUCGCUGUAGGGGCCACCUGCAGUACGACUCUCUGCCAAGGGUCAAAUCUGAGUGGAGGGGGAAGCCGAGGCACCGGGACAAAGACUGUCUAAGGCCAAAUGCAGCAGUUCCACAGACACAACUACCGCCUGACCCCAGCCUCCUGAAUAAUUCACAAGUUCUGAGUUGACAACUGAAGGAAUGUUAGAUGUUUUGGAAAAGUUUGUUUUUAACAAAGACAUACUGUUUUAACGAUAAAUUGAUCUACAAAGGUCUCAAAUAGUUUCACAUGAUUGUGAGAUUGUAAAAGCACUAGGUGCUGGUAUUCGAUCUUAAAGUUAUUGUUGCAGUGCAACUCCAUUGAUGUUGCAUAACUUAACAUCUUUUAGUUGUUCUUUUGAGAGUUUAGGUAGUUAUUGUAUAACACUGUCUUAAAUGUUAUGAUAAUGCUCCCUUUAUGCCUUAACAUACUACCUAUUUUUAACUCUUGUUAACAGAACAAGUGGCCUUUUUUCUUUUUGGUGCAAGCUUUACCCAGCUGUAGAGGUGGAUUCAUCAGGGGCAGCUGGCUCAUACAUUUUUUUUAUAAACUUUUAUUUGUUUUGUAAAGAACUGUGCCUUAUCCGUAUAAAAAGUUUAGUCAGUGCCAUGACUCAUUAGGUCCCGGGUAGGGCAGCUCCAGGAGUGGAUGUUUUGCUUGGCAGAUUGUCAUGUCUCUUCGUGUUUGUGAACAGGUGCACAGUUCUCUGCAGUUGGCCUUGAGCCAGGUUUACCUGAUGAAGCUCAGGCGGCUGCUGAGAGAGGAGAGGGAGGGCUGUGACCUGUACGGCAAGCUGCAUAGAGACCAAGA